AUGAUAGCCCAAAUCUAUGUUGAUGACAUAGUGUUUGGAGGUAUGUCUGAAAAGAUGGUGGAUCUUUUUGUUACCCAAAUGAAGUCAGAAUUUGAUAUGAGUCUUGUUGGAGAGCUAAAUUAUUUCCUGGGAUUGCAAGUUAGACAAAUGGAAGACACUUUGUUUGUGUCUCAGAGUAAAUAUGCCAAGGAACUUGUAAAGAAGUUUGGGCUUGAAAAUGCUACUCAUAAGAGGACACCUGCAGGUACUCACAUCAAGCUUUCUAAAGAUGAAAGUGGAACAGAAGUUGAUCAAAGCAUGUAUAGAAGUAUGAUUGGUAGUCUCCUAUAUCUAACUGCCAGUAGACCUGACAUAUCUUUUGCAGUAGGAGUGUGUGCUCGUUACCAAGCUGCACCUAAAGCCAGUCAUCUUGUACAAGUGAAGCGAAUCAUCAAGUAUGUAAGUGGAACAAGUGAGUAUGGAAUACUAUAUGCUAAUAACACUGAUCCAAAACUUGUAGGAUAUUGUAAUGCAGACUGGGCAGGAAAUGCAGAUGAUAGGAAGAGCACUUAUGGGGGAUGUUUCUUUCUGGGAAACAAUCUGAUUUCGUGGUUUAGUAAGAAACAAAACUGUGUCUCUCUAUCUACAGUUGAAGCUGAAUACAUUGCAGCAGGAAGUGGAUGUACAUAA